AUGUAUAUGGCACAGUGGAAGCCGGACAAUGCCUCGAAGAAAUGUGAUAGUUGUGCUAAGAGGUUUGAGUUUUUCCGGCGCCGGCAUCAUUGUAGGAUUUGUGGUGGGUUAUUCUGCUACAGCUGCUCCAAUGUUUUCCUCCCAGUAGAGCGGAUUCUAAUGCGGUGGCUGGAGAUGAAUUGGUACGGCGAGACCACUAAAAAAAUGGCUGCGAUCGAUACAACGACCUCAGAAAAUGGGCCGCUCACAACGAUGGAGAAAAGAUUGGCCACUCUUUUGGGCUCGAGCGGUGCACUCCAGCCGUCUACAAAGGCCCUGCAGCGGGUAUGUGUGCAAUGUUUUGAGGACGUUGAGACGUAUUCAAGCUCACUUAAGAAGUCAUUGAGCAGGCAGGGGUGCAGGGACUCAAAUUUGGGCGCCGCAAGUAGUGGCGAUUACCCCGGCGGCUGGAAAUGUUGGCGUGAUAAACAUUUUUCAUUGUUUGGAGGUCGUGAACGCAAGGUGUGUGUCAUACUGCUGCAAGAUAGUGGUGUAGUGGAGAGCGGUGAGCGCACGAAUCUUAGAGAACUCUUUCACGCACUCGAGCAGCUGACAAAUGAGGCAAAUGCUCGCACAACCCAGGGCCAGACAAGCAGCAAGGACACCACUCCUUCACUUGGUCCAUCCCUCAGUUCGGUCUCGGAUAUUUCCGAAAGUGAAAAGAACAGUUUUGAGACUUCUAUAGGGAGGGAAGGGAACACAACAAAGAAAAUAAUGAUGCAACAGAGCGCACUUCGGUAUCCCUUAUCUAAAGGCACACCGACCAAGUACCGAAAGAAGAUUAUUUUACAGGUACCUAUUCCAUUGAAUAUAUCUGAUUCAACUGCUCGCGUCUCGUCCAUGGUGACAGACAAUUUAUCAGUGCGGAUGCAGCUGGUGGGCGUUACGCAUCGGCAGGGCUUUGACAAAGCCCUACUGCAGCAGCAUACCAUUGGGACGGAUGCGUAUAUUAUUUUUCUGGACGGGGAGCUCGUUUCUACUGUGGAUACGACUGCCAUGACAGGGGCGAGUAAUGGUAUUGGGAAUGCGGUUUCUGGUUCCUACAUGGCGCCCCAUUUGAAGAACCCAUUUCCGUCUCCUAUUGUAUCUCUUUUCCCCCUGUCAUAUGACUCGCCCCAAGAGCCAACUCCAGAUGCGAUGACAUCUACAAUUUGCGCGGCGUACGAUCGUUCCGUCUCUGGAAAAUUGAUGGAAACUGCCCGUGGUGUAUGGGAGGCGAUUGGACGGUAUGGCGGAGACAUUCCCAUCUGUGCCGUGAUUGAUUGCACAUCCUGUAUCGGUGCCGGAAGCAUGGAAUUGGGCACGGUCUCCAGUUCAACUGGAUGCAAUAAAAAUCCGCAGGCGGGGGGAAGCGCAAAUCUUCGAUGCCCGAAGGACAAGCAACAAAGGAACGUACCCGUAGAAACUCAGGCGUCUGCACUGCACAAAGCCCUCCUCCUUCUUAGUGAAGAGGUUAUAAGACGUGACAUGCUGCGACGCAAGGGCUGA